CGCGGGAGUGGUUAUGUUGCCCCUGAAAUAAUUUGGUGGGCGUGCUGGAGCAGUUUGGGCUGACUGGGUUUCUUUUUCUUCCUUGUUGCAGUCUGAUCGCACAUUGAGAACGCUUGGGCACUCUUACCUCUGAGGUGCCUGCUUUCUCUGUGCAGCUCAAUUGGUGGGAUUUGGCACCCGCGCCUGGGAUGGAUAGGACCUCCACUGCCGUAUUCUCGGCAACAUAUUCUCCUCGGGUCUCCCUGACAAGCGGAUCGAGAAAAACGGACAAGGGCGUGUCCCGCUGAGGAGUAGAGUCGCUAAUAAUCCACCAUUUGCAGGCUCAAACAACACCACCACCCCCAGGAGAGCCAGGAUAAAGAGCAACUUUGGAUAAAAUACAAGCAUCGUUAUGCGCUUGGUCCACACCCCAAUCCGGUCAGGGUCACGGCUGAUGAUCACACAUACGUGAUGGAAGAAAGACCUAUUAAAGGGUGUGGUGGGCUACUUGGAUGCUGGUCAGGGACAACAUCUAGUUUUCUCCGAGAUAGAAGAGUAGGUACCGUUGUCGCCGACAAAGCAUCACACCAAGACCGCAAUGGCGCCCAGUCUUCGCCUCCUUUUGCGCGGGGCCAUUGCGGCCCUGUUACUCUCGGCCCGAAGUGAUGCCGCCCCUUCGACCCUGACGCCUGCUUCGGGGUUACUAAGUGCUCGGCAAGGGACUGGCACCGACCACCGGUGGGUGGCAAUAUGGACUAGUAUGCCGCAGCAGGUCGAGCCGGAUAACUUGCCGCCAUCACCCUAUAGAAGCUCUCCUAUCUUCCGCGAUGCGACCCUCAGACAGACACUCUAUAUGGCUGCCGGUGCCGAGAGAAUCCGGGUCCAGAUAUCCAACACUUUUGGCGGCAGCGACCUCACCAUCUCGGCUGCGUCCGUCGCUCUCCCGGCGGGCGGCAAAGCCGGCGUCGGCCGCGUGGACACCUCGACGCUGAAGCCCCUGACGUUUGGCGGAGGGAAAGCCUCAGUGACGGUACCGCGCGGUCAGGUGGCCUACUCGGACGGAAUCGACUUCAAGGUCUCGCCCGAGUCCAACUUAGCGCUCACCCUGUACCUGCAGGGCGGCCAGACUGGCAGCGCCAUCACCGGCCACCCGGGCAGCCGCACCACCAGCUGGAUCCAGGCCGGGAACCGGGUCGAGGCGGCCGACGUGGCCGGCACGAGCACCAAGCACUGGUACUUUGCCAGCGCCGUCGAGGCCUGGGCGGGCCCCGACACCCUCGCGGGCGCUCUCGUGGUCCUCGGCGACAGCAUCACCGACGGCCGCGGCAGCACCGACGACGCCAACAACCGCUGGCCCGACCGGCUGCUGGCGCAGAUGCGCAAGGCCGGCGCAGCCGCCGACGGGCUCGACAAGAUCUCGGUCGUCAACCAAGCCGCGGGCGGCAACGCCGUGCUGGCGGGCGGGCUGGGCCCGACGCUGCUGACGCGGUACCGGCGGGACGCGCUGCAGGUCUCGGGCGCGCGGUACGCACUGCUGUACGAGGGCGUCAACGACAUCGGCAGCGCGGGCUCCGACGUGUCGGGCCGCCUGCAGAGCGCCUUUACCCAGAUCGCCCGGGACUGCCGCCAGGCCGGGCUGGUGGUGUUGGCGGCCACCAUCACGCCCUUUGGUGGGCAGGGCCAGGCCUACUCGACGCCGGCGAGGGAGCAAAUGCGCGUGCGGUUCAACCAGUGGGUGAUAGCGUCUAAUGGUACCGUGUUCGACGGCGUGGUGGACCUGGCAAAGUUUGUGGCCGACCCGCGCGACGCGUCCAAGCUGCUGGCUGCGUACGACAGCGGGGACCAUUUGCACCUGAGCGUGGCCGGUUAUCAGCACAUGGCUGACCAGUUCCCGCUCGAGGUUUUCAAGCUAAAGCCAAAGACGGGGUGAUUAAUUUGAGAACGCAAGAUCGACACGGGAGACCCUGAGCUCCCCGUCAGGUUCCGUCAUCAUAAAAUUGUAUUCGUGCUCAUCUUCAACGAUGGCGACACGCCGGGUUGGCACCUUCCAGCGAGAAAACACUAGAAAAGAUAUCCACCCGGGCGAUUUGUAACCCAUAGACGCAAACGGCUAGGAAAUCUUCAAAUUACCUCGCCCCUGGCCGGCACCUGUAGCUACGGGUUUGCUACGCCUUCCCAAGCUGACAUAUCAUCAUAGUGGUGCACCGGAUGUGCAUUCCUGUACGCUUAGUAUUCUCAACCGAAAGAUACAGUCUCGUCCUUUUCCUUUAAAUAGCAGAUUUUAU